UCUGUAGAUUGUUUUAAUGUGUUUCCCUCCCAGCCGGUGUCGGCAUCAGCCGCUCAUAUCCUCGGGGAGGUCUGCCGGGAGAAACAGGAAGCAGCGAUCCCAUUGGUCCGUCUGUUCCUUCACUAUGGAAACAUCCUGCCUUUCCUCAGUGCCGUCGCCCACGCAGAGGUCAACCGCACACAGGACCCUAAUACCAUCUUCAGAGGGAACUCUCUAACAUCUAAGUGUAUCGAUGAGACCAUGAAGCUGGCUGGGAACCACUACCUCCAGGUCACCUUGAGAUCCAUGAUAGAUGAAAUCUGUACGGACCACAAGCCCUGUGAGAUCGACCCGGUCAAGCUCAAAGAGUCAGAAAACCUAGAGACCAACAGGGAGAACCUGCGUCAGUAUGUCGACCGGAUCUUCAACAUGAUCACAACGUCAGGCGUGCGUUGUCCCACCGUCAUGUGUGAUAUUUUCUUCUCACUCAGAGAAUCUGCUGCAACACGUUUCGAAGUCGACCAGGAUGUGAGGUACACAGCGGUCAGUAGUUUCAUCUUCCUGCGAUUCUUCGCCCCGGCCAUCCUCUCUCCCAACCUGUUCCAGCUGCGACCGCAUCACCCUGACCCCGCCACGUCUCGGACCCUCACCCUCAUCUCAAAGACCAUCCAGACCCUGGGUAGCCUGGCCAAGUCCAAGUCAGCUAGUUUUAAAGAGACUUACAUGGCGGCCUUCUACGAUUACUUCAACGAGCAGAAGUAUGGCGACGCUGUGAAGAACUUCCUGGACCUAAUCUCGUCGUCAGGGAGAUGGAACCAGAAGAGUAUCGAGACUCCCAUCAUGCUGAAAGAGGGGUUCAUGAUCAAGCGAGCCCAGGGGAGGAACCGUUUUGGGAUGAAGAACUUCAAGAAGAGGUGGUUUCGCCUCACUAACCAUGAGUUUACCUACCACAAAACCAAAGGUGAGGGCGCUCUCUGCAGAAUCCCUAUAGAGAAUAUCCUGGCUGUAGAGAGACUGGAGGAAGAGUCAUUCAAGAUGAAGAACAUGUCCCCCUGGAUGUUCCAGAUGUUCCAGGUAAUCCAGCCAGAGAGGGCUCUCUACAUCCAGGCCAAUAACUGUGUGGAGGCCAGGGACUGGAUAGACAUCCUGACCAAGGUCAGCCAGUGCAACAGGAAGAGACUGAGCACCUACCACCCCUCAGCUUACCUCAACGGUCACUGGCUCUGCUGCAAGAUGUCUGCCGACACAGAACCAGGCUGUACACCCUGUACUGGGGGCCUCCCAGCCAACAUUCAGCUGGAUGUGGACGGAGACAGAGAGGCUGAGAGAAUCUACUGCCUGUUCAGCACGUACAUGAACAAACUGGUCAACAUGCAAGAGGCCUGUGGCAGUAGAUCGGUAUAUGACGGCCCAGAGCAGGAGGAGUAUUCCUGCUUCCUCAUCGACGAUCCCCGGGAGACCUAUAAGACCCUGAGAGUCAUCAUCUCCUCUGUUCAGACACUGGAGCAGCAGCACACCAAGUACAAACGAGACAUGUUCAGGAAGACCAAGAUCGGCAGCCAGGAUCAUCCAAUCGGAGACAAGAGUUUUCAGUGUUACAUCCACCAACAGUCUGAGAGCUCCACCUACUCCAUCUAGCCCCGCCCACCAACCACUGCCAUGAAGCGCAGAGCUCCGCCCCGAUAACCUGAGACCUAGCAACACUUCCUGGUUACUCCUGGUCCACGGCUUCCCAUGGUGCAUCUUUCAGAACACGGACGCUCAGAGCCGAGGUCUAAUGGAAUAGUCUAUGAUGAUGUGCUACAACACAAUGCUCUGGACUGUUGGUGUACCAGUGACCACGCACUUUAACCCGCACCACAACGGACAUAAAGCUACUGCCUCAGCA